AUGGUCGAUUGCUUAGGUUGGUUCAUUCAGGCCGAGUUAUCUAAUCCACACCCUUUCGCUGCCCGCACUUACGACAUACCGCCUACCACUCGAUUGUUUCUAUUCCUCCUCUUCCGUUAUUCAGACGUGGGCCAUUGCUCCCUGGCAGAGGGAAUAUCGGUUAUGGCGCCCAAUCGGGUGAUUAUUGAUACUGAUCCUGGUGUGGAUGAUGUUCUUGCCAUGUUGCUUGCGUUUUCGGCGCGGGCGGAGGAGUUGGAGGUUUUGAUGGUGGGGAUUACGUUUGGGAAUGUGGAGGUGCAGAAUUGUCUGCGUAAUGUUGUUACGCUGUUCCAUUAUAUCGAGAAGGAGAGGGCGUGGAGGAGGGAGAAUGGGAGACCGCAGGGGUUCGAGACGCUGGAUGGGAGGAAACCUAUUGUUGCUGUGGGUGCUGAGGAGCCACUCGCGGAACAUAUGAUGGUUGCGGACUUCUUUCAUGGAGUUGAUGGGUUGGGCGGCAUACAUCAUAGUCACCCCCAUCUCUCGCCCGCGGAAACAUGGAGAACCCUGUUCAAGCCUACUCCAGAAAAUCUCUCUGCUGAAGAAGCGGCGGCUCUCCAGAAGGUCAAGGAGCAGCACUCCCUCUUCAUACCGUCUUUGAAACCAGCUCCUGAGCAGAUGCUGGAUAUUCUGCGCGAAAACGAACCAGAUACAAUCACCAUUGUUGCCGUAGGUCCACUGACCAACCUGGCUAUAGCUGCAGCAAAGGACCCCGAGACGUUCCUCCGUGCCAAAGAAGUCGUUGUAAUGGGCGGAGCUAUCGAGGCACCUGGAAACCCCCCGCCCCUCCAUCUCAUUUACUCACCCUCCACCCUAUCCAUACCCGCACCACCAUUCUCUCUCAUCAAACAAACCGACAACCCACUCCGCAGACUGCUAAACUUCCGCAACCAGAUGACUCCUGGCGCCGAAUUCAACACCUACGCCGAUAGCAUAGCCAGCGCCCGAAUCUUCGCCCUCACCUCUCAGAACCCCCACCUAACCAUGCCUCCCACUCUUCCCCACCAGAAGAAACAACAACUGCCCCCCUACCCCAAAACGCUUUCCCGCCGCCUCACCCUCAAGCUCUUCCCCCUCGACAUUACCGAGCGCCACGUGCUCCCCAAAACCAUGUUUGAAACCUACAUGCAGCGCGAGCACAUCAAAGCCUCUCCACUAGCAUCAUGGGCCUCGCUCUUCCUCACCGCCACCUUUGCCAAAAACGCAACUCUCAACCCGCAACAAGACCCGGCGACUGCGGGCCUCCAGCUCCACGACCCAUUGACGAUAUGGUAUGCGCUGUCUGCGUCCCACCCGGCCUGGACAUUUCAAACAGAAGACGUGCGCGUGGAAACGAGUGGACAGUGGACGAGGGGCUGUUGUGUUGUUGAUCGGAGGGGGAGGCCGGUGAGGGCGGGUACGAGUCCGUUGGAGGAGGAGGUUGUGGGGGAUGCAGGGGGUUGGCGCGAUAGUAGGAAGGGAAACAACGUGGGUUGGUGUAGGGAGAGUUUGGGUAUUGAUCGGUUCGCGGGGGUUUUGUUGGGGAGGGUGUUUGGCGAUGGGGAGGAGGUUUGA